AUGGCGAAAAGAAAUGCACCAAUAAAACCAGCACCAUCAGACAUUCAACCACUUGUUUCAUCACCGCGUGCGUCAGCUAUGGUGAAUGAAAUAGACCCGCAAACUAGCGCCGUAAUACAAGCACAGACAUCAGCAGCACCCAUACCUGGUAAUACUUCAGAACAAGGGCGUGACGCAAAAAAUCAACAUUCGUUAACAUCCGAUCGAAAAAAUAAGAAAAAUAUCCGACCACAUAUAUCUGAUCCAAUUCAAUCUACGUUGAAACACGUUGGUCAUAUUGGUACAAAAGAUAGAUUUUUUAAUGAUGAAUCUCAAAGACAAGUGUACGAACAAGCACACAUAUCAGGAGUAUCCGUUCCUACUAAUACUCCAAAAACAGCGAGUAAUGCAAAAAAACCAGGUUGUUUACCAUUUUGUCGAAGAAGUAAGAAAAAUAAUGGACGAGAGGUAUCUGCAUCCGUCCCUGCUAAUACUCUAGAAAUAAAGAGUAAUUCAAAAAAACCAGGUUGCUUACCAUUUUGUCGAAGAAGUAAGAAACAUAAUCGACGAGAGGUAUCUGCACCAAAUCCGUCUACCUUGCCUCAUGUUGCUCAUAGUGGUACAGAAGAUAAUUCUCAUAAUAAAGACUGUCAAAAACAAUCAUCCGAACAAGUAUCAUCUAGUCUGAGUACAUCAACAGAAGGUAAGUUAUUUGUUCUAAAAAUAGUAAAUACAGAUGGUAGUUUGCAAAACCUUUUAGCUAAAUCAGGGGCAUCUGCACGUGAUAUUAAUAAUCAAGGACAACAAUCAAUGGCCAGUGGUGCACCGGAAAUUCCACUACGUAAUUAUCCAACAACAGGUCGAAGUAUUGCUGGUCAAGCUCCACAUCGAGAUAUAUCUGCACCAAUUCAAGCUACCUUGAAUCACGUUGGUCAUAUUGGUACAAAAGAUAGUUUUUUUAAUGAUCAUUCUCAAAAAAAAUUAUACGAAGAUGUAUUAUUUAAUCUGGGUAUAUCAACAGAAGAUAAAUUGUACGUUCGAGAAAUAAUAAAUACAGAUGGUGGUUUGCAAAAACGUUUAGCUAAACCAGAAGUAUCUGUGCGUGAUAUUAAUAAUCAAGGACAACAACCAAUGGCCAGCGGUGCACCGGAGAUUCCACCGGAGAUUCCACCACGUGAUUAUCCAACAACAGGUCGAAGCAUCGCUGGUCAAGCUCCACAUCGAGAUAUACCUGCACCACCGCCUAUUCGUAAUCAAUCGAAUACAAAUCGUUCUCAACCAUUACAAGGAAAAUUUCAAAAUAAUAGUGAUUCAAGAGAAGGUGAAUAG